AACUCAGCCUGAAAUGCAAAGAGGAUCGAGCAAUGGAUCGAUCGGAUGGCCGAAAGAAAAUUACCGAUGUGAACCGACUGGGAGCGUGGCUAUUCGACGCCGAAUAAAGUUUAAGAUUUGGAACACCGACCACCCCUCUUCACUAAUUUAUCGAGAAUUUAUCUUUUGAGUUCUUCCUCCACAGAUUGUUUCCGAGUCUGAAAUUUUGUUUGGUGUUUCUAAGUUACAUUUGCUAUCCCUGUGAAUUUUUGCAGAAUUUUCCAUCAAGAUUUGGCAACGAAAUCGAUGGAGAUAUGAGCUCAUGGGGUGGGCGGUAUUUCAAAUACCGACCACCCCGAGUGCGUUCUCCCUCUUCAGCUCCGCCACGGGGGCGCCGCUCGCCUCCUUCGACGGCUCCGCGCUCGCCUCCUCCCUCCUCGCGUCCCCGUCUCCUCCGCCGGCUACGCUCGCGCUCGCACCAUACGUCGCGGAGGCCCACCUCGCCGCGCUCCUGUGCAUCUCCCGCGUCCUCGUCUGGAACCGCACCAGGGCCAAGCCCGCGGCCCUCGUCGCCAUGCUGCGCGAAUCACACCCAGCGGCCGCCGUCGAGGAGGUGGGCACCAUGGACGAGGCGGUGGCCGAGGAGGACGUCGUGAGCUUCGCGACAGGGUCACGGGAGCCGAUCGUGAGCGGGGAGCUGCUGCGCCCCAGGGCGCUCCUGGGCCUCGUGGGGUCGUUCACUCCGGCGAUGCGGGAGUGCGACGACGAGGCGCUGCGCCGCGGGAGGGUGUUCAUCGACUUCGAGGCGGCAAUGGAGGAGGCUGGGGAGCUGGUGGGCGCGGUCUAGCGCGUCGUGCUGCCGAGGAGCGACGUCACCGGGACGCUCACGGAGCUGGCCACCGGGAGCGUGCAUGGGCGACGCAGUGACGAUGAAAUCACCGUGUUCAAGUUCGUCGGCACGGUCGUGGCCGAUCUCUUGGCGGCGCAACUGGCAUACGAGACUUACAUUGAGAAAGCCAAGAAUCCUUCAGCUCAAGCUUGUUCCUAGAUAAUGAUGAGCUGUUUCUUUCCGACAAGUAAGAGGGAAGCACAAACAAAUUGAUAUCUGAUGACUGCUUAUGAACUAUGAUCGUCCGGAGGAAGUCGUCGUCCUCGUUGCCGAAGACGUCCGACUCGUCGACGACGCCGGCGUCGACGAGGUUCUGUUGCUGCUGCGGUAGGCUUCAAUAAUCUUCCCUAGCAACGCCCCGAGGUCGUCCUUGUUCCUGAUCUUUCAGAGCUCCUCUCGCCGUCGUCGGUGGCGUUUGAGCCGCCGGGGCUUGAAGCGGAAAGGCGGAUGUGACGAGGGGGAGCGCGGAGGUGGAGGAGCGGGGCAGGAGGUGAGAGAGAGGAGAGGAGAGGAGAGGCGGGAGGUGGUACGGAUGCGGGUUGGGAUCAGAGUGAAUCAUUGGAGGAAGGAGGACUCCCACGAUUUUAAGGAAGAUGCUAAAAAUCAGGUGUUUGAUUUUUAGUCUCCUCCCAGUCAACAGAGGAGGAGCCGUCCCAUUCAAAUUAUAUAUGUAUCAUAUAUUCUUCAACGUCCCAACACCUCC